AUGGAGUAUGCAUUAAAUUAUAUCAGUUCAUUCGCUUUUGGAUUAUCACUUUCAUUCAUUCUAUUGUUAUGUUUCUGUUGGAACAAAAAACAAAGUUUAACUCAAAAAAGACACAAUCCUAGUACUGAUAAAAGUGUUACUUCCUGCCAAAAAAUCACUUACAAUCACCAUAAACAUUUCACAGUUAGACUUAUUCGACCGCAUAAAUGUGCACUUAAUACUGUUGCCAAUACUACCACUACUAAUGUUGAAACUAAAACUAUCACUACCACCAAUGUUAACAUCAAUCAUGAUACCACCAAUCAUGUAUUAAUUAAAAAUUCUAAUUUAUUCGUCAAUGAAGAUGAUUUGGCGUAUGCUACCACAAUUGGACUAAAUACAAAUAUGAAUAGUACGGAUAUUAUAUCUCCUAGUAGUUAUCCAUCACUACAUCAAGACAGUAACUCACAUAGGAAUUGUGAACUUCCACCAGUACCGACAUACUUCGAUGCGGCAUUUACUGAGAAUAAACAAAUUAAAAUUGAUCAUCAUCAAACUCAUGUUGAUCAUGCACCAUUACCAGAAGAUAACAUGGAUCAAUUAACAUGUUAUUAUUAUUCAAUCCCAACAGUGAAACAACUAAUUAGUAAUAAGCAUCAUUUAUAUGAUGUUACCAUCCCUAAAUUAUUACAAUCAAUUAAAAAAAAUUCAUUAACAGGAGUUUCUGAUACAAAUAAUCGAUGUUAUUCAUUAUGUGAUGAUGAUGUUGAUGAUCCAACAUCGGAUUCUGAUGGAUUGUAUGCAAGUGUAAGUCAUCCUCCGCCUCCAUUUCCCUCUUCUACGAUUGGUAACAAUUUUGUUACACAAGAAACACUUCAAGACACGGAAACAAUAGUUAAUGUAAAUAUUACUCCGACUACUACUAAUAAUAGUAAUUCAAUGCAUACUAAUAAAAACAUGACUGGAAAUAGACGUGAUCCAUGUCAAUCACAUUAUUCUCAAUUAAAAGACGAAUGUAACAUGGGUGAUAAUAGUAGUAAUAAUGAAAAGAAGCGGACGAUUUCAAAUGAUAAUAAUAAUGAUAAUUAUAACAGUAAUAAAAUUAUUGAUAACUGUCAGCUAUCUAAUCAACCGACUUGUCAUAAUCAUACAAAGAUUGGAAAUUGUUACCAAUGUUCCACAACACCUUGUGUUCAUCUGUAUGCUCAAGUUACACCGUGUACAAGAACACAACAGUCUACUCUCGCUGACUCAGAAAUGAAAUCUAAUAAUAAUAAUAAUAGUGUCUAUAGUUCAAAUUAUAUACGACCACCGAUCCCAGUCAGAGGUUAUGAUCAAACAGAUAUUGACUUAGUGAAUCAAAUAAGAAUCUCAUCUCGUCAAUUGGAUGUUACAACACCAGAUCAAUCGAUUGAUCAUCAUGAUAUUGAAUCACGUAGAGUUCUUACAGAAACAAAUUAUCGUCGUAUAAAUGUCUGUGAAUCGUUGGCUAAUCUACGUUCACCAGUAUUAUGCAAUAGUACAAAACAUAAUUAUCAUCAAUGUUUUGAUGAUUCCGAUACUAAUCAAGAAUCUUCCGAAUACGAACGUAUUUAUUCGAUUACUUCCACGGAAUCGACGGAUAGAAAUAUUGUUCAAUUAGUUUCAACUGAAAAACAAAAUAAUGAAACAACCAUCUCACAUGAUAACAAUAAGCUAGAACAUCCUUAUACAGAAAUAUCAAGUUCCAUUGAUGAUUUAGCUACUUAUUCUCAAGUGUAUUAUUCCACAGCGUGUGGAUCAAUUGAUUUUCCUAUUGUAAAAACAACUGAAUCAUUCAAUAUGCACAAUUCUUCAUGUUCUCCAACAGUCUUGCAUUCGAAUUCACCUGACCAAAAUACUGAUAAUAAAUCUUAUCCUUAUGGUGAUGAUGUAAUCAUUAAAGAGUCUUGUCAACAUAAUGAUUACAAUACAAGUAAUCAUGCUAGUUUAAAUGAUAAAAAUCAACCUAUUUUAAUUAGUAAUCAGUCAUUAACUCCAUCGCUAUUAUCGGAAACAGUAGUUUAUAGUGUAACGGAAUUGCAUCCAUCUAUAUCAUCCAAUCUAAAUGAUAAAAUGUUAGCUGAAAUUCAAGCUUUUCGUCAUAUGGAUAGUGAAUUGGAUCUUACUCAAUCUACCAAAUAUUUUAUGGCGAAUAAUUCACAAACUGAAACACGUCGUUUAUCAGAUUCAUUCAUGAAUGAAAGUGAAGAGGAACAGAAGACUACGGGUGGCACAUUACAAGUUGUAACACAGUCAUUAUAUAACCAAAAUCAACGUGAAGACACUGGACUAAUGACUCCAUUAAUGGAACGUUCAACAGAAGAUUGUUCACGACUGUCAACAAUUCAUCGAACUUAUUCAAAAGCGAUUAGAUGUGAUGGUCAAUCGUCUUCAUCAUUAUCACACUCAACAAUUUUAUCACCAUCUUCUUUAUCAUUAUGUAAUAAAUCAAUUAAAUCACCGGCAAAUUAUUCAAUAUCUGAUUUUCCUUCUCCUGCCCUCCCAUUGUUGUAACAGUCAGUGGUAAUUGUAGUGUUGCUCCAUUUGCACAUGCUGAAUUCUCUUUCAUCUCUG